UUGGUUUUAUUAUAGUCUUGUAGUACACUGUAACCGAAAAGUGACUACUGAGUAGAAGAAAGGUACUGUCUAAAUCCCGAUACGUACCUAACAGUUAUAACAGAAGAGUUGUGUGAUGUACAUUAUUCCACAGGUGGACGCACAUAAGUGCAGGGGCAAGCUGUUUUGUACCCCUUUCUGACUUUCAGAGGUCGACAUAUGAGUCUCUACUACUAACCAGUUCGGUCUUGUGAUCUGAGCAUGCACAUUGCCAAGCAGUUACUCUCCCCAGCUUUUACGUCGUGAUUUAAAACCGCCAUGUCUUUUUUUGGGCUCACACACUUGGGUUACCAGAAUUCAAUAAAGGAGGUUUCAGUUCCAGCGAGACAAGAUCCCAUCAGGUCAAAAACACAGAUUGGCUUCUUGGCACUUCCUCCUUUGAAAGACAGAAACCCACCACCUCGUUCUAUAGUUCCCAUUGAUCAGUUGUCGCAAUAUGGCAAGGGCCCAGAUGGAUCUUUCGUGGAGUACACAAGGCUACGAACAAAACACACUCGGAACCCUGAUUCACCUCACACCUUGUACAAUCGGCCCAUGACGACUUCCCACAACGUUGGCUGGUGGACGAAAGACGAGCCUUUGAGAGAGAAUCAGCCCUGGGCUCAUGUACCGCGGAGAGUCAAGCUACACAGUGAAAUGAGCAGAUUUGUGGACGAGAUGAAACUGACCAACCGCCAGUUUACUUUGUUUUAAAAAGAAGGAAAAAAACCCAACCCAAAACGGACUGUAUACAAUUGUUCUGCCUUUUUUUUACAGUCGUUGGAAAUUUAACAGUUGCAAUAAAUUGCAGCCAGGUAGAGUUGGAACAUCCGGGCUGAGGAGGAAACCAGACAACCAAAGAUGCUCAGUUUUUGUACAGAUGUAACGUAAACAAUGCUUGCGUGGUUAUUUCUGAUGUGGUUUUUCCCUCUUGUGAGGGAUGGGUAUCUCUGCGGUGGACAAAAUACAUAUAUUCAAGCUCGUGAGCACCCUGCAGUGGAUGAUUUCUAUAAAUAUUUGCCCUCCCCUUAUAUUAUAACACCCUAGGAUUCAUGUUAUGUUUUUACAAAAUGUGCUGAGAGAAUGAAUUGUUAUAAGUUGAUCAACUUCCUUUAUUUUAUGUGAGGUGAAGUUUGCUGAUGUAGGAAAUACCAUAUACAGUUUUGAGCAGCUUGAUUACGCCACUGUUUCGGUUGAUAAUUAUUAUUAUGACCAAAAUUUUCUUAUUUUCAAAACUUGCUUAAAAUUACGAAACUUGUUAUAAUGAAAAAACAAAAGAGACUAUGUAAAAAACUCAACAAAACUAAAUAAUUUGUUUGAGUGGGUCCAGAUUCACUUUUUUCUCCAAUCCCAUUUCUUGUUCACUUUCACGUACUGAGGCUUGAGAGGAAGUUUUUCCAUUUAUGAAGAUCCACAUGUUUGAAUGAUGUUUGUCGAGCAAAUCUUGAACCCUGUUAUAAUGUAUGUUCUUGUUUGUAGUAGAAACAAUACCAAAAAUGUCUGUCCAUAGUGAAUAAUUCAAUAUUAUGAUCCCCGUUCUUUAUUAUCCUUUUUAGAUAAUUCAGUUUGAUUGAUGUUUUUCCUGUCUUGACUCGAGAAAUGUUAUUUUCGAAAAGGUUGUCAGGUCUUCUCUGCAACAGUUUGAAACAUUUCAAGAGUUCAAAGGACAUGGAAAACAUUGGCAGCAGCAGCAGCAUUAAAAUGGUCUUCCUAGACAGGCCUUGAUAGGCAGGGACUGAGAAAGGAAAACUGUAGUCUUCAAUAGGAAGAACUGAGUCCAGUAAACUAAGAAAAUGAUAAGCUUAACUUAAAAUGUAGGCUACAUAUAUAUAUGCUGCCCUUCAGAUUUUUUUCGGCCCCCCCAAAAAAGUAAAUUCAGCUGCCCGUAGAUCUUUGUGUGCUUCCAUCAAAGUAUUUUUUUUAAAGAAGAUGAAUUAUUAAGUUAUUAACAAAGCUCUCAUCAUAAGCUGCCUAACUGUUUUUUUUCUCUCAACUCGUAGUUGAGGUAAAUGUGGCAGAAGUAAGCAGGACUAUGAAAAGAUGUCUGUAGUGAGUGAGAUGACGUUUGACUUUGAUAGCACUCAGGUAUAAGGUCAAGGACAAACUGUGUUUCAAUGUUUUUUCCCCCGCCUGCGUCUUGUUCCCCCCUUCCCCGGUAUCAUGUCAAAGGUAACUUUGAGGUCCGUAGUGCAUUUGUACUUAUAAUAUACUUGACUGAUGUGUUUAUCGCUGGGAUAUUUUACACCUCACAACAUGCCAAAUAAACUUGUUUUUCUUUUUUCAUCAGUA